GGCACUACCGGUCACAAGCACAGUUAUCAAACAUGAGACAAGGAAAGAUGUGACCUUGUCAAAAGUGUACACCUACACCAUGUCAGGAUGGCCAGCUACUGGCAGAAAGGAGCUGACUCCUUAUUUCCAGCGGAGAAACGAAAUUACAACGUACCAAGGAUGUUUGAUGUGGGGAAUGAGAGUCCUGAUACCCCAGAAAUGCCAACAUCUAGUCUUGCAGCAACUACAUGAAGGUCAUGUUGGAAUUGUCAAAAUGAAGCUGCUCGCAAGGAGCCACUUCUGGUGGCCAGGUCUGGACCAACAGAUAGAAAAUAUGGCAAAGAACUGUAGUGGAUGUUUGGAAACCCUUCACAUGCCUGCUCCUGUCCCAGUCCACCCAUGGGAAUGGCCCGCAGAGCCAUGGCAGAGAAUUCAUGUGGACUACGCUGGUCCCUUUGAAAAGCACAUGUUUCUGGUUAUAGUUGAUGCCCAUUCCAAAUGGCCAGAGGUGUUUUGCACUGACUCCUCCACCUCAGCUCAGACGAUAGAGUGUCUCAGAACAACGUUUGCAUGCUUCAGUUUGCCACUGCAGCUGGUAAGUGACAACGCGCAAGCUUUUGUAAGUGACGAGUUUACAAGAUUCAUGUCAGUAAAUGGAAUCAAACACUCAACCUCAGCGCCGUACCAUCCUGCCACCAAUGGGCUGGCACAGCGCUUUGUGCAAACCCUAAAGCAAGGACUCCGUGCAGCAAAACGAGACGAAGGGACUUUGCAAACAAAACUGGCCAAGUUCCUGGCCUCCUACCGAAACACCCCACAUGCCACGACAAAUGAAAGCACAGCCGCACUGAUGUUCGGGAGGCCUCUCCGCACACAGCUGGACAUCAUGAAGCCAAACAGGCGUAAUGAAGUGCUGAACAAACAAGAUGCCAAGAUGCUGGACUCCGGUGGCCGGGAGCGCCAUCUCCAAAGCGGGACCCAGAACUUACCAGGUUCAAGUGAGCCCAGACAUAAUGUGGCGGCGUCACAUUAA